CCCCCGGAUCUAGUAUUCAGGGCGGACCAAAGGAGCGGACCCCGGCAGCUGCUGACACUCUAUAACCCCACAGGAACUGCGCUUCGCUUCCGAGUUCUGUGCACAGCACCUGCCAAAUACACGGUGUUUGACGCAGAAGGAUAUGUAAGACCUCAGUCCUGCAUUGACAUUGUGAUUCGCCACGUGGCCCCCAUUCCCAGUCAUUAUGAUGUCCAGGAUCGCUUCCGCAUUGAGCUGUCUGAGGAGGGCGCUGAGGGCCGAGUGGUGGGACGCAAGGACAUCACAUCAGUUCUGCGGGCUCCAGCAUACCCCCUUGAGCUUCAGGGACACCCUGAGCCAACACCCCAGCCAGGACCUCCUGCCUGGACAACACCACCUAUGGCCAGACACUUCCAGGAGAAUCCUCGUCAACAGCUGGCCACCAGCUCCUUCGUCCUCUUCUUGCUGACUGGCAUCAUCUCUGUGGCCUUCCUGCUGCUUCCACUCCAGGACACUCCUGGCAGCCAGCUGCCACAGGUCCUGCAUGUUUCCCUGGGACAGAAGUUGGUGGCAGCUUAUGUGUUAGGCCUCCUCACCAUGGUGUUCCUCCGGCCCUGAGUGCCCCGCUCAACCUCACACCAGCCUCUCCUCACCAGCAGGGACCCGAGGCAGCCACUGUGAUGCUCCUAACCUUGCCUCACCUGUCUUCUCCUCCUUCCUGCCCAACCCUUAAUGUCCCCUCAAAAUACCCAGGGAUUUGUAUUCAUUUUCCAAUUUGAAUAAAAUAAAUUUUUAAAAUUAAAGUGA